AUGGUAGUAAUUCCCGAAAUCAACCAGCAUAUCACAACCGUUAAGAACCUCGGUUCCGGGCUCGUUGCUGUAUUCGGUACCAACUCGCCCUCCCUUCCUAUAACUAUUGGAGGAACAAGUGGCAUUGGUCUCUCAACAGCGCGUGAAUUCACCCGCUACGCUGCUGCUCCCCACGUCUACUUAAUUGGACGUAAUGAGGCUCAAGCGUCUGAGUUCAUUUCUGAGCUGAAUACCAUUAACGAAUCCGCAACAGUCAGCUUCAUCAAGAGUGAUGUUUCCGUGCUCAAGAAUGUUGAUGUAGCAUGUCAGGAGAUUUCAAAGAAAGAGUCGAAGGUGAAUUUGCUAUUUUUGAGUGCUGGUAUUUUCACCACGAAGGGGCGGACUGAAACAAGUGAGGGUAUCGACAAGAAGCUCAGUCUGCACUAUUACUCUCGCGUCCGAUUCAUUCAAAAUCUCCUUCCACACCUGAGUCAAGCAGCAUCAUCAGGAGGUCUUGCACGGGUCAUAUCCGUGCUCGGCCCCAGCACAGAGGGCAAAUUGAUUGAAGACGACCUCGAUCUCAGAACCCACUACAGUCUCACCAAUGCCGCCACUCAUGCCGUGACCAUGACAUCUCUGUCUAUGAUCCAUCUAGCCACCGCGAACCCAACUAUUAGUUUCAUCCACAGCGCCCCCGGCGGCGUGAAGACAAACCUCAUGCGAGAUUUCAAUCCUCUAGCCAAGGGACUUGUCUCAGGUAUUCUUGCGCUACUGACACCAGUCCAUUCGAAGAUUGGUAUCAUACCUGUCAAGGAUAGUGGAGAGAGACAUGUUUAUGCUGCUACACAUCCGGCGUUUGCGCCACGGGAGGAGCAUGUUGAGACUAUGGGUGCGGAUGGGGAGAAGGGUAGUGGAGCGUAUAGGGUUCAUUAUGACAGUUCGAUUGUUGAGUCAAAGAUGGACUUGAUUAAGGAUUAUUUGAGCAAGGGGACUGUUAAGACGGUGUGGGACCAUACCUUGGAGGUGAUUAAUAAGGCUACGGGGAAUUAA